GUGCGAGUUGGGAAGACACGCCCAAGAUGGCGGCAGGAUUGAAAAGUUGCGCUCGGAGGAGAGUGCUGUGAGCGGCCGGCCGGUGGGUGGGUAGGUGACCGACCGACCAACCAACCAUCUGUCUGUCCGUCCGUCCGUUGGGGAGCGGCCGACCGGCUGGCGGCUGCCGCCCGCUCUCGCAGCCGUCUGUUGAGACAUCCGUCGGCUGUCGUUGCAGUAAUGUCAUUGUGGGCAGGAGUCGGGGGGUCUGUCGCCGUCGUUGCCCGGGUUGCGAGGAGUUGUCGCUAGAGAUGGAGGAUGAUGCGAAGAAAGGUAAAAAGAAAAGGAGUGGGUCCAGUCAUUUUAAUGGAAAGAACUGCCUCCAGCAACCUGGAAUCGUGUCACCAUUUAAGCGGGUAUUCCUGAAAGGAGAGAAAGGGCGUGAUAAGAAGGCACAAGAAAAGGUCACUGAGCGAAGACCCUUGCAUACAGUUACACUGGCCUUGCCAGAUCAUAGAGUUGACCCAGAGAUUCUUUUGAAUGAUUACAUUGAAAAGGAAGUAAAGUAUUUAGGACAGCUCACAUCAGUGCCUGGGUAUCUGAAUCCAUCUAGUCGAACCGAAAUAUUGCACUUGUUAGAUAAUGCAAGGAGGGCACAUCAAAUCCCAGGACCACUAACACAAGAACAAGAUGCAGUAAUUACUGUGUCUGCAUACAAUAUUAAAUUGGUAUGGCGGGAUGGAGAAGAUAUCAUCCUUAGAGUUCCAAUCCAUGAUAUUGCAGCAGUCUCUUAUAUUCGAGAUGAUUCCCUUCAUCUGGUUAUUUUUAAAACCGCCAGCGACUCCGGAAAUUCAACCAAUCAGAGCACUGAAGGUUUCACUAAAAUACAGACAUCAGAAAGUAGAGCUGGAACCAUGGAAGCAUGUAGUCUAAUCGUUGUUGUCGUAGAGAACAAAGCAGCUGCCGAAGAACUCUGUUCUCUUCUUAGUCAAGUCUUCCAAGUUGUUUACACAGAGUCCACAAUAGACUUUUUGGAUAGAGCAAUAUUCGAUGGUGCUUCUACACCAACUAAGCCCAUGUCCAUAUACAGUGAUGAUUCAAGUAAAGCAGAUGUUAAAGAGCCGUAUGAUGCAGAAAUUAGUAAUUUGUCUUUUCAGGGAUCUGAUACUGGAGGAAAUUCACCAUCUUCAACUCUACCAUCUCCUCAGAUAAAAAAUGUCAGUGAAAGUGAACUGAGUGCUUCUGCAGCUGAACUCCUGCAGGAUUAUAUGAUGACAUUGAGAACAAAGCUGACUUCUGAAGAAAUCCAAAAGUUUGCUACGCUUCUGCAUGAAUAUCGAAAUGGUGCUUCAAUUCAUGAAUUUUGCAUUAGUCUUCGACAAUUGUACGGUGACGGUAGAAAAUUUCUAUUACUUGGGCUCCGACCUUUCAUUCCAGAAAAAGACAGCUUACACUUUGAAAACUUUCUAGAAACCAUUGGUGUCAAAGAUGGACGGGGCAUUAUUACAGACAGUUUUGGCCGAUGCAGAAGGACUUUAAGUAAUGCAUCCAAUUCAACCACCAAUGGCAAUGGAGCAACUGCAGGCUCAGAUGAUCAAUCAGUGCCUUCCGAAGGUGAUGAAUGGGACAAAAUGAUCUCUGACAUUAGCCAUGAUAUUGAGGCCCUUGGUUGCAGUAUGGAUCAUGAUUCAUCUUGAAAAAUGAAAUAUUUGCACAUCCUGUUAAUGGCCUUCAAGACUUCUUUCUUAUACAGAUGUGUUAAUGAAGUUUACUACAAUGUGAAUAUUUAAAUGAAUUGUUAAAACAUUUCUACAAAAUGAAGAACAUGAAAUCAUGCCAUAUAACUUUUUUAUUGUAGAUAAUAUUGCAUAUUUGUAUUCAAACCUUUUUGUAACAGUAGUUGUUAGGCUUGAUUGUUCCACUAGUGGGCAAGACCUUCCUGGUCCUAUCACACGGUUUUGUACCCCAUCUGCACAAGGUUACAUAGUACAGUAUACUGUGAUGUCAGGGAUGAUUCAAUACCAUUCUGAACAGAAUUCCAGUUUUUCUUCUGUCACUCUAACAAUUUGAAUGUCCCUACUUUAUAGCAUAUAUGCAGCUUGAUGCUCCCUGUGUCAGCUUUUAAACUGUACACUUCAUCUGCAUAUGACUGCACAUAAAACGUAACUAUAAAUUUGUCUGAGUGUGACCAAAAUAGGCAAUGUAUUAUUUCCUUGGGGAAGAUGCAAGAGAGUUGGCGUACCAUUAAGGGAAAAAUGAUUUGUACUUGCACACUGCUGCAAUGCAUUAUCAUUAGUGCGUACGACUUUUUUUAAAAUCUUCAAUUAGCUAAGUUUUUUUGGGAGGUGCCAGGAUGUUGCAGUAGACUUGGCAUUCUGCUGCUAGUCAGGUGCUUUAAGAAUUUCUGCAAAAGUGUAUUUUCCUUCAAUAUCAAUAUUUAUCUCCCGAUUUUUAAAAGGAAAUUGUUAUUGUGAUAUUACAUUAGGACUCAUUUUCUUCAACACAAAAAUAAUAGGGUACACCACAGUGGUGUGUCUGCAUAUUGAUACUUUUUUAAACUGUCCUGUAUAUUUAUGCACACCCAAUGCAAAUAUUUUUAAAAGUCAAAAUGACAUUCUAAAAACGACUAUUCAAUCAUGACUGAUCUGUUACAUGCUGCUUUGUUGUCAUCUAAUGAAAACUGAAGUGAAGAAUAAAUUUGUCAUGAAACUACAGCAAAUAACUUUAAAACUUGGAUAGUUGUCCUUUUGGGUGCUGUAUAUAGAUUGCAUAUGAAUGAUGCCUUCACCCAUUUUAAUUCUGCAAAUUUAUUUAUUGGAAUCCUCCAGGAUUUUAUACCAUUGCAUGUAUUGUAUUGUUAAUUGUAUGUGACAUUGUGCAGUGGACAGACUGUGUGAAAUCUUUGUGUAGCAUGUAAUCCCAGUAAACCUCAAUCUGAAUUAAUGGGUUUUACAAGUAAAACCAGUAUAAUGGUCCUUGGAGCCACUUGCUUUCUUGUAAGGACUGGUUGUGGAUGUUUCAAUAGCCCAUCUGUUGUUUUGGCAUGAAGUCAUUUAGUAGUAUUUUAAUUGUAUUCCUGAGUUGUAAGCUCAAUUGCAAUAUGCUACUAUAUCAGUAUAAUUGUUUUUGGAGUUAUUGUCCUAUAAUUAGUGUCAUGUUUAAAAUUUUGAGUUCAAUGCCAGUGACAUUUGUUCUGGUAAACUGUAUUUUUGGUUCCCAGUCUAGAUGUUAAACAUUAAUUGCAUGUACCCAAGAUAGUGGAAGUCUGAGGUGUGUGUGUGUGGAGGGGGGUGUACAGUAUAAUUGCAGCAAUCACCUUCUAUUAAAUUUUGAAAGGGAAUUGGGGAAGUACAGCUGUGUCUUAGUGAAAGAUAUCAAAUAUAGGGAAAUGUAGGGAAUGUUGUGGGAUGUGACAGGAGUAAUCAAGCACAUAGCCCACUCUAAGAAUAUUAGAGUUAGUUUUUGUCCUCAUCAAAUGACAUUGAGAUACUACUUUGGCUACAUUGAGGUUGAAAUCACUUGUAAUCUUAAACUUGCACAAUACUUGCCAAAUUAUAUUGGCCAGAAUUUUGCAGCAAGACCUGACCUAAAACCUUCUGAUAAGUAAGCAGCCAAAUUAUCUCAUAGAUACAUUAUUGAAGUCUGUAAAAAUGUACUUGAUUAUUGGCAGCUGCAUUGGAGGUUUGCAUUCUCAAUCAAAAAUAGGUAGAAAUUCCAAAAUGCCAGUUCUGAGGAGUUGGCCCAUCAUUUGCUGUCACAGAAACUGGUCCUUUAUGUAUAAGAACUGUAUUUAAAAAGUUAUGAUCUUUUAUACAUUGUGUUUAAAUUUUAAGCUUGAUGAGGCACUAAACAAAUCCCAUGUAGUUUUAUGAAGUUUUAGCCAUUGUUUUCAAUCUGUAGACUGAACUAUGAUAGAGGGAAUGAUUGGCCAUUUGAGUGAAAAGUGCUGCAAUCUGUUAUUAGUUACAUGGAUCAAACAUUUGGUCUAUUUGUGCACUGUCAGCUGAAUUGUCUGAUGGUACUGAAAUUUAAAGUUAAGUUCAGGAUUCUGACCCAGAUAUGCAUCAUGGAAAUGCAGUAUAAUAGCACUCACCAAAACCUCCUUUCUGUAGUCACUCAUGGUAUUUGUAUUAUAGCUUGAUCAUACAUCUACUUCCAUGCCAGUUUUAGUCCUUUUGCAUGGGCUACAGUAAUUCACUUGCUUUCUUUUAUUUUUCCAGCAAACAUCUACUACACAUGUCCCAAUUCAAUUAAUUGGUGGGCAAGGAAGAAAUAAAAGCCAUGUCACAAAUUUUUGUUUUGAAAUAUGUGCUACAAAGCGAUGCUUUACGUGUAAUUUUACUUCUUACCAGUUAGAAAUGGAACCACUGUAGAGAAGUAUGACGACUUGGCAACUGAAGUUGAGUUUUCUUGAUGUUUCCAAGAUUAGCAGUAUUAUAGUUGCAGUCAUUGCAAGGUAUGUCCUUUGGAUGACACCAGAAACUAAGUUGUUUUGAAAUGUACACUUUGGUCAGUGAUGCAUACAAAUAUGUCUUAAUUCAAACUUUUAUUUCCUAUGCAUUUAGCUGCAACAUCCAUUAUCCAUUUAGCACAAUAUUCAGGUAAAAAAAAAUUAUCUGACCAUGGAGAGCAUAAUUCCUUUCAGCAUAUAGCAAUGCUAUAUUCUAGUUUAGGUCGAAUGCAUAUUUAUUUUGGGGUCUAUUUAUGUCAAAUUAUUUUAAUAAAUUUUUCAUCUUUGCAGUAUUCCUGUGUAGGAAUUGUUUCAACUGCAUAUUUUGCCUUUUAUUAAAACAUUUUUAAUCCAUGUUGUUAACAUUGCUCCAUUUUAAAGAAGAAUUCUUACCUCUAAAUUUUCUGUCUCAUGAUUUAGUUUGUGUUAAUGGUCAGUAUUGAUGUGUAUUGUACAUCCAUAGCAUAGUUUUUGGUGUGAUGUUUUUGCAGUAAUUGCUUUACAUUUCAGUUCAGAUAUUAAUUGCACACAUUCACAACUGAGAUGAAGGUUGUCAUAAAUCAAAUAUAUCAUGUACACUGACAAAGAUUAAAAAGAUUUCACUUUGCAAUUUGUGAUAUGCAAUUUUAUGAGAAUAGUUAUUUUGCAUCUGAGCUGUCCAAAAAUUAUCUGCAGCUAAACAAAAUCCAUCUUGAUAGUUGGAUCCAUUCUACUGAUAAAUUGUCUGAACUCUAUUCCCCAUUUCCAAAUUAAGAUAUUUCUGUGCAAACAAGUUGUGGCCCCUCCUAUACCUGUUUCUUUUUUCAUGGAAUACAUGGAACAUUUUGCCUCAGUCUUGUCUUAAUUAUGUUUUUGAAUACAUUAUCUGUGCUGCUA